AUGCUUCACAGAAACGAAAAGACUUUUUCCCAGGUUCCCGGGUCCUUGAUCAGCGCGUUACCCGAGGGCAUUCCAAGCUUGUCACCACCAUGCCGUUCACCACCCCCACCAACCCGCCUUCUCAAUACCACCUGGAGUGCAGAAUCGGGACUUGAUGUUCCUUUGUUAUGCAUCUCUGACCACAAUUACGGUGUUCGUCUGAUGGUGAUUGGCCAGUCUCCCUAUCAAAAAAAUGGUGGAGUUGUCUUGGCGUGGCCAUCAAGGUGCCCCAUGGUGAAUCCCCAACCCUGCCAGACAUCAAGGUUCUCAGGAACCAACAUUGACAUCAAGGUUCUCAGCUGUCAUACAUCCAGCCCCUCAAAGAAAAGAAAAUGCACAGAGUCCCAAUCCAGUGGCACAAGUAUUAAUACCCCCUUCCCCCCCCCCUUCUGCGUGCCAUUCGAAGAUCACACUGCCAUCAUCCUGCAUUCCUCGCCCAGGCAUCUUCCCAUCCCCCCGCAUCCAGCCAAAAACAAAAUGCGCUCCUCCACUCUCCUCAGCCUCCUCACCGCAGCCGCCGCCGUGUCAGCCUCCCCCUUGGGCCGCCAGGAGAUCACCACCACCACCACCACCAUCAUCUCCAACACCGGCUCCUCCUCCACCACCCCCGCCUUCCCAAUCCAUUCAAGCUGCAACUCCACCCUCUCCCACCAGCUCACCCGCGCCUUUGACGAGACCGUCACCCUCGCCUCCGUCGCCCGCGAUCAUCUCCUCGAGCACGGGCAGUCAUCCCCCUUUGUCAAGAAGUACUUCGGGCCCAACUCCACCACCAUCGCCCCCCUAGGGGUCUUCUCCCGCGUCGCCUCCGCCGCGAGAGGGAAAAUGCUCUUCCGCUGCGACGACCCAGACCGGAAUUGCGCCACCCAAGAAGGCUGGGCCGGCCACUGGCGCGGUUCCAACGCUACGCAAGAAACCGUCAUCUGCGACUUGUCUUUUGCCCCGGGGAAGAGAAGGUGGCUGGAUCAGGUCUGCGGGUUGGGGUACACCGUCAAGGAGGGGGCCACCAACCUGUUCUGGGCUACCGAUUUGCUUCACCGGACUUUUCACGUCCCUCAGGUGAGCGAGAAUGCGGUGCACCAUUAUGCUGAUGGGUGGGAUGAGGUUUUGGGCAUGGCCGAGGGGGGGGAUGAGAGGAGCGGGUUUGAUAGUGAUGCGUUGAUUUAUUUUGCGGUUGAUGUUUAUGCGUAUGAGGUUGCUGAGCCGGGGAGGGGGUGUGGGGGGUAUGAGAGGGGGAAUUGA